AGGAACUCUUUCGAUUGCGUGUACAUUUUUAUUUUGUGAGUAACGAACGUAUUUUGACAUUAUAACGCUUUCAGAGCUGUCUAGUAUGCAUCGGAGCUUCCAGAGCCUUGGAGAGGAGACAUGGCAUACCCAUCAUCAACAUCUUUAUAAGCAUAUACUGGGGCAGGAUCAGCCAGCUGUCAAAACCUGCGAACUUAUCAGCUGAGAAACAUGAACAUCUGUGUAAUUGCUUCAGAUGCAGACAGUGUUGUACAACCGACUUCUCAGAAUUAGUUUAAAAUGCUGCUGAACAUUCCCCUUGCACCUGGAGAAGAGGCAACUUACAUCAAAACAAAUUGAUCAACAUAAGUUGAACGUCAAUGCAACAUUUUUGCAGCUGACCAUUGAGCUACAAAAUAACAGAAUGACUACAUUGCAUCCUCCCAUGAGAAAGAAUCUAGAACGUACCAUGUUGUGACAGAGGGGAUACUUGUUAUUCUAAAUGUCACAAUGGGUCUAAAGGCGACUCGAAAACGCAAGGAAAGGUGUUAAAUAUAACGCACAUUUAGAAAAAGCUUGCAACAAAUAUUUUGCUAACGUUGUUUGGUCCAACAUUUACUUCAAUAAAAAAAAAACAUAAUCAACGGUCACACCCCCAAUCCCCUGUUUCAGAGAGUCUGAUGGUAAAUGCAGGAAAGACCGCCAUUUUGCAAGCUAGAAGUACAAGUCUAAAAGUGAGCUGGUGAAGAAAAUAAUCGAAAUAAUAAGCCACCAAACAUACACUUAGCAAAUACAGAUAACACACUGUGUUGGCUGAACACAUAGGCAGUCGCAUUUAAAGUUAAGACAUCACACAGGAUAAAGCGGGAAGAACCAUUACCUACGUGACAAGCAAACCCAGGUGGUUGUGAAAGGCACUGGAUGGAUAGUAUCGACGCUGAGGGCUUGUACCUGUCCACGGAGCAGCAUGGGCAGCCACAAUGUGAGCUUCCCCAAACUGCCCUGGAGGUGCCCACCAUGGGGGGGGCGAAGAAGAUGAACGGGACCCUGGACCACCCGGACCAGCCCGACAUUGAUGCUAUCAAGAUGUUCGUUGGCCAGAUCCCACGGUCCUGGGCAGAGGAACAGCUGCGGGAGCUUUUUGAGCCUUACGGCGCCGUCUACGAAAUCAAUGUCUUGCGUGACAGGAGUCAAAACCCCCCUCAAAGCAAAGGUUGUUGUUUCAUAACAUAUUACACUCGCAAAUCUGCAUUGGAAGCACAAAAUGCUCUUCACAACAUGAAAAUUCUCCCAGGGAUGCAUCACCCCAUUCAGAUGAAGCCAGCUGACAGUGAGAAGAAUAAUGCGGUGGAAGACAGGAAGUUGUUCAUAGGAAUGAUAUCGAAAAAGUGUAAUGAGAAUGACAUCAGACUUAUGUUCUCACCGUACGGACAGAUCGAGGAAUGUAGAAUACUACGUGGGCCGGAUGGACUGAGCCGUGGUUGUGCGUUUAUAACUUUUACAGCAAGACAGAUGGCACAGUCAACAAUCAAAUCCAUGCACCAAUCACAAACUAUGGAGGGCUGCUCGUCUCCCAUCGUAGUGAAGUUUGCCGACACGCAGAAGGACAAGGAGCAAAAGCGCAUCACCCAGCAGCUUCAGCAACAGAUGCAGCAACUCAACACUGCCUCAAUGUGGGGGAAUCUGACCGGGCUCAACUCUCUUGGACCACAGUAUCUGGCACUUUAUUUACAGCUCCUCCAGCAGUCUGCCACCUCUGGGAAUGCCCUCAACAACCUUCAUCCCAUGUCUGGUAUGUCAGGGCUGAAUGCCAUGCAGAACCUGGCAGCCCUGGCAGCAGCGGCCAGCGCCACACAGGCCACGCCCACGGGCAGCAGCGCUCUCACCACCUCUAGCAGUCCCCUCAGCGUGCUCACCAGCUCAGGUACGAGUACUGGACAGCAGGCACACUCAUCAUGGGACUCCUACAAGGCAGGAUCGUCACCCACCUCCUGUAACAACAACUCAAUGAACCCCAUGGCCUCCUUAGGGGCGCUGCAGUCUUUAGCCGCAGGGGCUGGAGCCGGCCUUAACAUGGGCUCACUUGCAGAGCUCCUGUGUCUAGGGAUGGCAGCCCUGAACGGCGGUCUAGGCAGUGGGGGCCUGUCGAACGGAACCAGUAGCACCAUGGAGGCCCUUACCCAGGCCUACUCUGGGAUCCAGCAGUACGCUGCUGCUGCCCUCCCCAGCCUCUACAACCAGAGCCUGCUCUCCCAACAGAGUGUCAGUGCUGCAGGAAGCCAGAAGGAAGGCCCUGAGGGAGCCAACUUGUUCAUCUACCACCUCCCCCAGGAGUUUGGAGACCAGGAUCUGCUUCAGAUGUUCAUGCCCUUUGGCAACGUUAUUUCCGCUAAGGUGUUCAUUGACAAGCAGACCAACCUCAGCAAGUGUUUUGGCUUUGUGAGUUAUGACAAUCCAGUCUCAUCCCAGGCCGCCAUUCAGUCGAUGAACGGUUUCCAAAUUGGCAUGAAGCGACUAAAGGUGCAGCUGAAGAGAUCCAAAAAUGACAGCAAGCCAUAUUGAAUGCUUUCUCUCAAUUGGACUUGGUUAGGAUUUUUUUUUCCUUCUGGUAAGUGGAGUGUGAAUAAGAAACUAAAACCCUGCUGCAAACCCCUACCCUCGCCUGAUUCUUCCCUCUCCCUUUGCGCAUUACAAGAUUACCACUUUGCUGGGGUCACUCCUUUUUAUUCUCUGUAUUAACAAACGCAAGCAGAAAACAAAAGCAACAUGCAAAAGGAUGUUGCUCAACUGAAACUGGAUACUUGCGUUCUGUUUUUGUAUUUAGAAUUUUUCUUUUUUAAACGUAAUUGUAUUUGUUCAUUUUAAGUUACGGUGUCAUUAGUUUGCUGUGUGAAAGUUGAGUCAUAAUGAUGUUGCACAAUUACAGCCAGUUGCCAAAAUAUCCCCUUGAUUUUCACCCCUGCUCCCACCACCACCUAAUCAUGCCACCUGACCCCACUCCAAAUUUAAUCCCAUCAUAACCAAACCAUCCCCAUGGUUGCGUUCUUAAACGCUCUGAUGCGUCAUGCAGAGCCUUCCAGAGAACUGCCUUUUUGAAAUGAGGGUGGACAGACCAUGCACCGGAUAAUGGCAAGAGAACAAUAGCUGUUUGCCAACUGCAAUUAUCAAUUAUGUACGCAAGAUCUGAGUUCACUCCAGCAAAUGAGCCAUUAAAAAAAAAAAAGUUUUAUUUAUAAGUUGCCUGAAAAGUCUAUUUGUGAUGCUGUACCAGGAAUACAUUGCAUACAGUAGGCUUUUACUCAUUUUUUGUUUGUUUGUUUAUUUAUUUAUUUAUUAAACAAGAAGAAGCGUGAAUUUCUGUUCUCAACAUAUUUUGGAGCAAAAUAUAGUUUUUUACAACUGAAUGAAUUGAUUUGUAAGACGUCAGCAGUAUUGCCUUGAAUGGUUUUGUGAGAUAUUUAACUUGCCAACCUCUUGAUUGGUCUCAGGACAAUGUCACAACGCCACACCCUUGCUUCAGGGAUGUAGUGUAGUUUAUCUGAAAUAUUUCACCCUUUUUUUCAAUUGAAUGUCAGAGAGCGUAUGGGAUCCUGCGUCGUUAACAAAUACUGUGCUGAAUUUGUGUGAAGGGAGGAAUAAUUGGGUCCUACUUUAUGAACACAGCCGUUAAGGUGUCAUCUGGCUUGAGUAAUUUUAUUCCCCACAUGUCAGAUGUGUAAAUUUGACCUGUCUAAUGCUGCCCUUCACAUGUCUUCUUUUAAGUGAGGAACGGUGACUUCAGUAGUGGCAAUAACUUAGUCUCUACUCACCCAUGAUCUUUAACUUCAAACGAGCCUUCCGCCCCAUUUAGAAUAUUUACAUUCAAUCUAUUUCCUUUCUGUUUUUAGCUGUCAAUUCAAGUAGAACAUCAGUCCUCCUUCUAACACUAAAUGGAAUAUCACUUGGCAUUGUGGGCUUGCAGCAAUCGAGUGUCCUGGAAAAGAGCAACAUUGGGACUUUUCGAAGUUAACAUUUGUCAGAUUCAUCCUAAAUUAUCCAAUCAGCUCUACUAAUUACCGAUGCAAAAAUAAUGCUCUAAUUAGAUAUUAUAAUUGAUUUGUAUUUUAUUUUUUCUCUCGUUAACCAAAAUGUUUUGUAAUUAUUCAUCCGCAGUUCAAGUAGUCUGCUCUACCUCUCAGAGCUGAUUAGAUGAGACUACUCCCUCAAAAUACUGACAUCCCUACAGAUUUUUAUUCCAGUGUGUGUAUUUAUUAUUAACUAAACUCUAGCAUUUCAUGAUUGGAGACGUUAAAUAAAUGUUAAUCACUACAACAAACAGUAAUCCCUUAGACUUCCAUUAACUUAGUGUUUUUAUAGAAAUGGAAAGAAGCAAUUGUCCAGAUGUAUAUUACAAAACUAUUAUGCCCUUUUCUAUUUUUAUAAAGGUUUUAUACUUCUCCCAAGUGUCGGGAACUAUUUAUUGCCUACAUUAUUUCUCUGAAUUGAAAUGAUUGUUUCAAUCUUCAAAAUUUUUUUUUUUUUUGUAGAAUACCAAUGUGACGUUGGUUACUACAUUUAAAUAUGGGAGGGUUAAACUACUGACCUGUGUAGCCCUAUUCAAGUGUUUAUUGUUAAUGUGCAACAAGUGACAAUUUUGUAUGGCCAGUGAGUAGGAUUUGCCAGCUGCUUAAGAUUUCGAAACUGUUGUCCCCUUGCAUUUUAAGAAUGGAAUAUAUUAUAGGGAAAAUCAAUAUUUUACUUGAGUUCAACCUAGAUAUGUGCCUAUUUAACUAUCAUUUCCAUGUGCAUAACAAUACCAACUGAGAAAAUAGGCUUAAUUAAGCAGGGUUACUGCAAGGUUAAGUCCAGGGUAUUUGCUGCCAUUUAAAGUAAGUCCAAAGACUGAAUCUCAACUGAUGGGGGCACAUAGUUGUUGUACAUGAACUUAACCAUUGCUGUAAACUUUGCUGUACAUCUCAUACUUUUGCUUUGUAAGAAAGGCAUCAUUUUGCGUGGAAUUCUUAACAUGGUAGAGAGAACAUGCCAAACACUCACAGAAAAGCUAUUUUGUUUAUAACGUGAAACAGACUAAUGUAGUCUUAAAGUUUUAUAGCGUAAACAUUUUUAAUAAUUUGUUUUAUAAAUUGUCUUCAGUUUGUUUGCGCUGUCUUUACUUAAACUUUCUGUAUUGUAUUGACAAACUGCCUUUUUAUUUAAAAAGAAAGUUACCUCCUUGCCACUUAAAGUACACAUACUUUACUUCACUCAGUUUUGUAUAGUGCACCUCGAGAAAAGCUCCUUUGCUGUGGAUGUAACUUAGUUAUAUUGCAUUGCAUAUGAUGGAAUUAUGAACAGAUUAAGCACAUAAUCAAGAGAAAUGUUGACUGAGAUUAGUUGACAAUCAGCUCUCAUAGAUCAUUAUAGCAAAGCACAAUCUAAUAUUGCUGGCUCAUAACCCAGGUGACUAUCAUUACAAGCGUAAAAUUGCUAUUUUUACAAUCCGUAAGGACAUUUUUUUAAAGCACAUUGGGACAGAUGGUGCUGAACCCCUUGGGAGGAUUAUUUCCUGAAAUUGGAAUAUUACUGAUCGUUUAUAUAUUUUCUUUAUAUUUUUGACUACUGUAUUAAAAGUCCUCAAACGUAAUACUAAGUCACAAAUGUUGACUGUACAGUAGUAGGCAGUCAGUGUGGUGUCUCGGUGUUGUUGUGUCCUGUAAGUUCUCACCUCAAUUCUCUGUUCGCAUGUUGCUUGUGUUCCCCCUCUGUCCUUUUCGCCUCUUCUGUCUCACAUUAAAUGUUCUGUGUUUAGAUUUUGUAUCUGGUAGUGACCCUUCCCCUCCCCAUGCAAAGAUAAUCAUUUAUGAUUUUCUUUUUUCUUCCCUCUCCUUUUUCCGUUGUUGCUUUAACCUAAGUUUGUCUCCCUGUUUUGUUUUAUUCUAGAUAUCUUCGUGCCCGUUUGUUCAUCGUUUGCCUAGCAUGUUGAUGUGACGUCAAAAGUUCAUCGUCCAGUUCGUUGUCCUCCACUUCUAUGACGCUUGAAAUGUUCACCUUUUUGACCUUUUGUUAGCUUUUGGCGUUUAUUGGAAAAUGUUUUUGUUUGUUCGGUUUCUCUUUUGUCCUUUGUGCUGCCAAUAGGGUGCGCUAGAAAGACUGCCAAGAAAAUAAAUGUAUAAAGCUACAUUAGUUGUUACAAGCAAAAAAGAUCAUCUAUUUUUUCGAGAACUUACUGACAUAACCACUAGAUUUUUUUUUUUUUUUUUUUUGCCUUCAUAGUAAACUCGUUUAUUUUUCCCUUUAUGUUUUGAGCGGUCUUCCUAGCGCCCCCCACACUACAUUUUUGUUUUGUGUCUGAAAGCAACCAAUCAAUUUAUAGAAACUACUUUUGCGUGUGCGUGUUAUUUCUCUUGUAAGUUCUAAGCUUUUUUUAGGAUGUCUUUGGUCAUAUUCUGGGGAUGAUUUUGUGUUAGGUUAGUUGGUAUGAGGGUAAUUUUUGGGUAGUGCUCAAUGAGUGACAACGAUAUACACUUGAAUCACCGUUUUUGUCUUUCAGUGUGUGAAGUCAUCACAGGCACAUCAUGUUUUAAUUUCCUUUUGUGUGGAAAUCAUCCUUAGUCUGACUAAUAAAAUAUCCAAAUUGAGCAGAAUUGAGUUUCUUUUCAGUUAUAUAUAUUUAGCAUGCACUUUUUUUUGUAACUUCACUGAAAUCCUCAGCAAAAUGUGAUUGACUUUUUUUUAAUAGAAUAAAAAAAGUUAGGAAUAAACUAGUGCCAAGCGAUGCUGGUGGUCACAUUCUCUUACACGUUGCCCUUUGAAGUUAAGAUCUGGGCAACAAAAGUAUGGGUUGGUUUCUUUUUCAACGUUGAUGUGGUGGGUUGUACCUCGUAGGUUUUCGUGUGUGUGUGUUUAGACUGAUUUUUAAAGACCCCUAUUUUAUAUUAGGACUUGAGGUGAAGUUAGGUGUUGGAAUUAUUUGGAUUUUUCUGUAGUACAAGUAUUCCCUAAACUAGAUAACCAGGUUAUAAAGCAUGUGCCCUAAAAGGCUUAUUUGUUUCAACUUUGGGAUUAAUUCUGUUGGGUUGGGAGUGUUUUUCUCUCAUAAUGAAGGCUAAACACUACCUUUUCAUGCAGUUCCUGAUAAACUUUGUAUUUUACUCCCAGAGAGCACAGUUUUUAUUAGCAUACUUUGUCGUUAAUAUAGUUGUAUUGCAUUGGCACAGUGUGUAGCAUGUGAAGUGAUGUUUUAUCUGACCUGAGUUUGCCGGAUAACUUUAGGCAUGUUAAAUGUGUGUCGUUGUUAAUGCACAUCAUUAAUUUGCUUUACUUAUGAAUCCCUACUACUGUCAUCAUUUCAGUGGUCCACAUGUAUACAAACCAUUGUCUUUGCAGUAGUUAACAUGGCUCCAUCCCUGUUUAACAUCAGGGCCCUCUUCUCAAACCAGGAUUGGGUUUUAGAAAUGUAACCUCUAACUACGUUAUAGAACUGUCACAUGUUCUGUACUCAAGAACUACCCUUUAUUUUCACAUUAAAAACCACUUCUCUGGGUUAUUAAUCUCCCGUUCAACAAAAAAUAUGUUGGAUGGAAUCUCCUUAAAUGAAUUGACCUGCAGAGAAAAUAGACUCAUUGGAUUGACUGGGCUCAUUUAAUUUUAAUAUUAUGUGACAGAUUGUAUUUCCAGAUUUGUCAGCUGCUAGGUCUGAGUUUAAAUGUGAUCCUAGAAAAUAAACCUGUUGGAUAUUUUUUGCAUUAUUAUUGGUACAAAGUGACUGAUUUUCUAUUUAACUUUUGGUUUCUACAGUUUCCUUUUCUACUAGAACAAAGUUAUUAUAUUUCAAUGUGAUAUUGAAAUUCAAAAGUUCAAAAUUGUAGAGCUUAGUUGCCACAUGACCAAACCUUAGUCUGUACAGCUGUAAUAUUAAUUGAUAAGAAUGCAAUUCUGUGAAGUCGCCUAUUGUUGAAUUCAAUUAACUUUUCUUUCUGUAUAUUUUUGUUUUGUUUUACAAUGUUGUGAUUUUGCUGUGAGACAUAGACAUUGCUGAAUUUAUUAGAUGGCCAAAAUAGUUGCUUUUUUAAUAAUUUCAGUUCGAUAUUGUCUUUGAAAUGUUUUUGAUUUAAGGAUAACACUUGUCUCCACAGGCGUGAAGCUAAGUGCACACUCAAUAAGCAGUCGUUUUGUGAGCCAAAAUUGUGAUCCCUAUUUGGUUGGUUUGUUUAUGUACAAUUAAAAUGUUGAAAAAAAUCAUAUU